AUGUCAUAUUCGAAGAAUGCACAUAAAUUAUCUGAAAUAGAUUCAAUAGAAAGGUUUAAGAAAGACAGAACUGAUGAUGGAGGUGUUACAACUGAUAGUGGUAGCACUGUGGAGAACUGUAUUUAUUCUGUAACUGUAACAAAGAAAACUUCGAGUACGGAUGAGAACCCCUCUUUGGAGUCCGCACAAAAGUCAUUUAUAAGCAUUCAUUCGACCGAUCAAUUAUGUCAAAUAGCCAACGCGAGGAGUCAGUCAAGUCUUGAAGAGUGCAAUGUAGAAGUGAUUAGUUUAAAUGAAGUGUUCCCUUCGACUUCCGAGGAAAGUUUUUCAAACGAUGAUGAGUUACCAUCAAGACGAGAUCGAGAGAAAUAUGCGAAAAAUAAAACACCAAUUGGAAAAUCACAUAAGGAAAGAGCCAAUAAAACCUCUUAUUUGCCUACGAACAGUAAAUCGACAACUGUACCCGGUCGGUACAAAGACGUGUUGGAGGCACAGGCGCCGAUCCGUUCGGAUUUUGAUAUACCGAAAAACACUCUUCACGUUGUUGGCAGCAACCCUGGAGAGCCAAAAGUUACCUACCUAGACGCUCCUAAAAAGAUUUCUAAAACUAUGAAGAAAUUCCUCCGCAAUACAGACAAACACAAAAAUGACCAAAACAACAAAGGCAAUGAGAAAGCAAUCACUGGCGAAGUCGUGUCGUUGGAUAUGGAUUUGGAGGCCCAGUACACCUACAAUAAACACACACCGGACAAAAAUGUGUCUUUCAAUACGCAAGUGGUGAUAAUACAUUUCACGGGCGACCUGUGCGUAGGUCAAAGCAUCGAAACCCUCAGUAAGGAGAAAGACCAGCAGGCGAGAAACUCGGAACUGAAAAAGACUUUUCUCACUAAAUACAACGAGUUUUGGCCGAUGCCUGGAAAGAAAUCUCAAAAAUUG